GGUCGCAAAGCUAGCUGCCAGGUGCUCGCCCGCGUCAGCUCUUAGCAUUGGUCCGAUUGCAUGGCAGGAACCCACUCCGUCUUCCUCGACACCGGCCUCGCGAUGCUGUUCGUCGUCCACUGCGUCGUGCUCCUCUGGGCGCUGAACCGGUGCUGCCGAGCACAAGCCUCGUCCCGCGUCGCCGUCGGGGAGCGCGCGGAGGAAGGCGGCGGCGGGAUCGACGGCCUUUCGGCCGACCAGGUCGGCGAGCUGCCGUGCCACAAGUGCAAGGAAGGCUCUGGCGGCGGCGAGUGCGCGGUGUGCCUGGAGGCCUUCCGCGCGGGCGACCGGUGCAAGGUGCUGCCGGGUUGCGAGCACGGGUUCCACGCGGUGUGCGUGGACUUGUGGCUGCGCAAGAGCCGCCGGUGCCCCAUCUGCCGCGCCGAUGGUGGCCAGUCAGCCCAAAAACGCCGGCGUGGUUGAGGCUACAGCCGUGGAGAUCGUUACCGAAAGAUAGCAGAUUCUUUUUUUUCAUGUCACGGACAUGGCAAG